AUGGAACAUUCCGUAGCAGCUGGUCACUGGUCACUGACUUCUAGGAAGUUUCUAGCAAGAUGUCGGAGGGUGUUUUGCGUGACAAGCCGCUAGUAUGCUUUUGGACGAUAUGACUUGCUUAUUGCAGUGUAUGUAUACAAAAUUCCGGCCUAUAUUAAAUCCCAAAGUGUUGCAAUAUUGCUGAAGUUAAAAUUGAAGUUUUAACUACUAUUAUAACAUUAAAAAACCAAGAAAACUAGGACUAUUUGCAAAAAUUGUGUCAGUGCGUGUACCACUGCCAAGACCAAUAUUUGGAAUGUUAAUUUUUCUUCUGAUUGCGGGAUAAAAUUUUCAGUUUAAGCAAAAACUUUUACCUAAAUUGACAAACGCGUUAUUAUUAUUAUUUAAAAUUGGGAUGGGAGCUAAAGCAAGUACUGUUGCACAAUCUGCUGGAGGCAAUGGACAAUCCUCUACUGGAGCAAAUGAAACUGCAAUGCAAGGAUUUUCUAUGCUACGUUCUCUUCCUGGAGGUGUUAGCAUGUUGCAACAUCAACACCAGCAAGGAAAUCAAUCACAAACUUCUAGAGUAUCUGGAGAUAGUAGGCAACGUGCUCGUUCUUUAAGUUCAGUACCGGAUCUCUCAUCUAGUGAACAAAAUAGUCUUGCUUCCUCAGUUGGAGUUGGAGUUGGUCAAGCACUUGGUUUGCCACAACUUGAAUCAGAUGAUCCUGAUGAAGAGAGUGGACGAGUUUACUCAGCACAUAGCUUGCCAUCCCAUAUCUGGUCUCUCAACGGUCUAAAAUGUCCUGUUUGCUCCAAGUUUGUUCUACCAGACGAUAUUGAGUGUCAUUUGGUUAUGUGUUUAACCAAACCACGUCUUAGUUACAAUGAAGAUAUAUUAUCUGAUGAAAAAGGUGAAUGCGUUAUUUGUCUUGAGGAAUUACAAUCUGGAGAUGUUAUAGCCCGUCUACCUUGCCUGUGUAUAUAUCACAAAAGUUGUAUUGAUAAAUGGUUUCAAGUGAACCGUAGUUGUCCUGAACAUCCUGGAGAUUGAUUUAUACCCAUUGAAGUUGUAAUAGCACAAUGCAACUUGUUAAUUUUAAAGACUCUUAUCAAAAUGAGAAAAAAGUGGGAGGAAAUGAAAAAAAUUUGAAAAACACUAGUCAAGAUGGCUGCUAGUCCACUGUGCUGGUUGGUGUAUGCAAUUGUUUGACUGAAUGAGAUAUACUCAAUUUGAAUAUGAAAGCAGACAUUUAACUAAAUCCUUGAUUAUACUACCUGUAAGCAGGGGACUUAAAAAAUCGCCAUAAAAUUCAACGAUACAAUGCUAUUAUCUAUAUGUAUCCGUAAUUAAUCUAUUACUGCUCUGUAGCUUACUAUUAAUUGUACCAUAUUUACAAAUUUUACUUAGUUUUACAUUUUGGAAUCGGAUUAGGGAUAAUUAGGCUAAUCUGUUAUUGAUUAAUAUAUAUUGUUUUUGGAGAAGGGAAUAUCAAAUGAAAUGUAGUCAAAAGCUACGAAUAACAAUCAGGCAAACUUUAUAUUACACAAUUUAAUUGCACUUUUGAUGAUUUCAUUACAAAUCUGUCUUUUCAUUUUUGUUAUUUGUUGGAAAAUGUACUCCAGAAAGGAUAUUUUUGAUACUUUCAUAAAAGAAAGAGUUGGAUAUAUAAAAGUUUUAAGGAACAGACUUUUAGUAAUAAUGAUGUUGAUGCUGUAAUAACAGUAAAAGGUUAGUUUUCUUUAUUAAAAUUUCAACUUUGUGAUAAAUUCCAUUUAUGUUUUUAGAGAAUAGAAGUCCUGCAGUUAUGAAAUAUAAUUUAUUGUUAAAGUUAUAUCAUAAUUAAUAUCUUUUCUACAUGAUAGGAGUUAACUCAUAGGAGUUUUUAUAACAAAAAUAAACAUGGUCUGUCAAUUUUCCAAUAAUACAUGCGUUGUAUAUAUCUGGAUUAGACUUGUAUCAUAUAAGAUAAAAAGUCUAAUAAAGUAAAAAUUUCAAACCAAAUACAAUUAUAAAAGUGAUUUAAGCAUUCGGUAUAAUAUCUAUGAUAUUAUAGGAAUAAAGAUAAAAGUUCUCUAUGUUAAUAAAAGAAAAAAAUAAAAUUUAGUAUUGUUUUCAACAUUCUGAAAAACGAUUUAAUGUUAUUGUUGUUUACAAAUUAUUUUAUCUCAGGACGUAAUAUUUUUAAGAGACAUAUAAAUAACUGUUUUCUUUAUAAGCAUUCAAUAUAUUUUAAUUAUGAUAGAGAUAGAUAAAAAAUGUAUGUGUUUAUAUAGUAAUUUUUAUAUUUCAGUGUCACGAUAUAAUAUCCUUGCUUUAUGCUUUAGAUAAUAUCAAAGAAAUGAUUCAAUUUUUUUGUGAAAUAUUGAGUUAAUGAAGUCAUUCUUUUGUAUAAGCAGCCCUAUAUUUACUUUGUUAUUUAUGGGAUAAAUUUGAAUACACCAGAUAAAUCAGAUAAUUUACACGUAUGUCAUAAUACUACAUGAAAAAAUGUAUUUUGUACAUAUAUUUUAAAACUAAAUGAAAAUUUAAUAUUUUAUAGAAUAUACUUAUCGUGUUACAAUACAUCCGAAAUAUAGGCGUCUUUUAAAACAAUUUACAUUAUUUUAUGAAUUUUUGUUAGAAUGUUAUUGAAUAUUCGAAUAUUUUUUUAUAUUGAAAUGAAAUAUUCGAAUUUAAAAACUAUAAAAAAUAAUUGUAUAAUUCUCUUAAAGAAUAGAUACAGUGGUGGACAAAAGUAAUGACACAAUAUAAUUUUUAAAAUAAAAAGCAUAAAAAAAUAAAAAGUAUAAGCAUAAAAAGAUUGAAUUCCAGUCUUUAUUUUUUAAGAAACCUUUAUCUUAGAUGUUCUAGUGUAGUAUGCAAUAAGUAGUAAAAGAUAAAGUGAUAUGAAAAUAAUAAAAUUACGCCUUUUAAGAAUUUUUAUAUGAGGGUAAAUACAAAAUGUUGACUUUAAUGAUAUUAUGAUUUUUGUUUUACAAUAAUAUAGAAAAAAUACAAUCAAUGCAACAUAUAACAUGUUUAUAUGCAUAAUAUGAAAUUUAUAGCAAUAAAAAGGGAGCAUUUAACCCUUUCGGGACGCUUAGCUUAUAUGUUGUAUAGACGAAAUACAGCCAACCAGAACAUUUAGCCUAUUCAUCAUAUAGAGAUCUUAUUGUGGCUCCAAUAAACAAUUUACUUUAUAACACUAUCUUUGUAAAAAAAAAAAAAAAAAAAAAAAAAAAAAAGAGA